GACAUCAAAUGGAAAGAAAAAAAAAAAGGAAGAAAAAGUUGCGGAGAGAAGUGAAAGAGAAACAGAAAGAAACACAUUCUCACAUCUUCUUCUGUCUGGAGCAGCCUCCAUUGACCACGGGGAGUCUCUGUGAUUCCUUCAUCAAUCAUAAUGGUCUCUGAAAAAGUGCUCCCUUCUCAUGUGGUCGAAAGUGGACACGCUCCACUUGAUUCUGGCCAUGCCCGUCUCAGAGAACUCGGUUACAAACAAGAACUCAAGCGUGACCUUUCGGUGAUUUCGAAUUUUGCCUUUUCGUUUUCUAUUAUUUCGGUGCUCACCGGAGUUACUACUCUUUACAACACUGGAUUGAACUAUGGUGGCCCUGUUUCCUUAGUCUACGGUUGGUUCAUUGCCUCUGCUUUUACCAUGAUUGUGGCGCUUCCAAUGGCCGAGAUUUGCUCGUCCUAUCCCACUUCCGGUGGGCUUUACUAUUGGAGCGCCAAGCUUGCUGGGCCCAGAUGGGCUCCCUUCGCUUCAUGGAUCACCGGCUGGUUCAAUAUUGUGGGCCAGUGGGCAGUGACAACAAGCGUAGAUUUUUCACUUGCACAACUGAUUCAGGUCAUUAUUCUGCUUAGUACUGGUGGGAAAAAUGGCGGUGGAUAUGAGGCAUCUAAAUAUGUAGUUAUUGCUCUCCAUGGGGGAAUCUUGCUCGUACACGGUAUAAUAAACAGCCUUCCGAUCUCAUUGUUGUCAUUCUUGGGACAAAUGGCAGCUAUUUGGAAUGUUUUAGGUGUUUUUGUACUUACGAUUGUGAUUCCAUCCGUUGCAACGGAAAGAGCAAGUGCCAAGUUUGUUUUCACUAAUUUCAAUACUGAAAAUGGGGAGGGAAUCAGAAGCAGACCUUACAUAUUUCUUUUGGGACUUCUAAUGAGUCAGUAUACCUUGACUGGGUUUGAUGCCUCAGCUCAUAUGACGGAGGAAACCAAGGAUGCUGAUAGAAAUGGACCGAAAGGAAUUAUCAGCGCCGUUGGGAUAUCCAUUGUUGUUGGAUGGUUUUACAUUCUGGGCAUUACCUUUGCAGUCACCGACAUCCCUAGCCUUUUGAGUGAAGAUAAUGAUGCUGGUGGGUAUGCCAUUGCUGAAGUAUUUUAUCAAGCAUUCAAGAAAAGAUAUGGCAAUGGAAGUGGGGGUAUUGUUUGCUUAGUAAUCGUUGGUGUUGCGAUUUUUUUCUGUGGCAUGAGUUCAGUUACCAGCAACUCAAGAAUGGCUUAUGCUUUCUCUAGAGAUGGUGCCAUGCCAUUGUCAUCAUUGUGGCACCAGGUUAACAAACAGGAGGUCCCUAUCUAUGCAGUUUGGCUUUCCGUUUCAAUAUCAUUUUGCAUGGCAUUAACGUCUCUUGGAAGCAUAGUCGCUUUCCAGGCCAUGGUGUCCAUAGCAACCAUUGGUCUCUAUAUUGCCUAUGCCUUUCCCAUAUUCUUAAGGGUGACAUUGGCACGAAAGCAUUUCGUUCCCGGGCCUUUCAACUUGGGCCGUUACGGAGUUAUCGUGGGCUGGGUUGCUGUUCUUUGGGUGCUGACCAUUUCCAUACUCUUCUCAUUGCCUGUUUCCUACCCAAUAAAAGCAAAGAACCUUAACUACACCCCUGUUGCUGUUGCAUGUUUGCUUAUUUUUGUAGUUUCUUACUGGAUUAUCAGUGGUCGCCGUUGGUUUAAAGGCCCAAUUACUAAUAUAUAAAAAAAUGAAGUUUCCUUUGCAAUAUGAUUCUUUUUAGAAUCCUAGAUUGAUAUUUAUUUUUCUUAUGUUAUUAGUCCUAUAAUAUUGUUCUUGGUUUAUGUAAAUUGAAUAUUCUAAACAAAAAUAAUAUUUUUUGACA